GACUUUGUGUGCGGAGGGAGAUUACCGAUUCGCGACCCGGUUCGCCAUCCGGUGUCGUCCAUUCAACUUCCCCUGAAAACAACACCACGUGUGUGGGGGAUGAAUGGGUAGCUGUCAGUGCUGUCCACAUGCAAAUAUAACCGUACUGAGAGCAGAAAUUGCCGUUUACUGACCACAUUUUGUGCUCGCAUCAAACUCCAAAGGACACCACUCCUGGAGACGUGCGACGUGUUCACCAUGAGUUUUGUGGAGUAUUCAGACUUCGUUCAGGACGGGGACGUUGCCAUCAUCUACCUGGGCCACGAAUCCACGAUGCCCGUAAAGGUGCAGAAGGGCGCUCAAACACAAACCCGCUAUGGAGUUAUUCGCCACUCGACGGAUCUGAUUGGUCAGCGUUACGGGUCGAAGGUCACCUGCAGCAAAGGCGGGUGGGUCCACGUGCUUCACCCCACGCCUGAGCUGUGGACGGUCUCCCUGCCACACCGCACACAAAUCCUCUACACCACAGACAUCGCCACCAUCACCAUGAUGCUGGAGCUGAAGCCGGGAUCCAUCGUCUGCGAGUCAGGCACAGGUAGCGGCUCUCUAUCCCACGCCAUCCUUCGCACCAUCGCCCCCACGGGCCACCUGCACACGGUGGAGUUUCACCAGCAGCGGGCGGAGAAGGUGGCCGAGGAGUUCAAGGAGCACCGCGUGGAUCACCUGGUCACCGUCAGGAACCAGGACGUGUGCAAAGAGGGGUUUGGAGUGACCGGGGUGGCGGACGCUGUGUUCUUGGACAUCCCCAGCCCCUGGGAGGCGGUGGGGCAUGCCAAGGCUGCCAUGAAGAAACAUGGGGGUCGGGUGUGUUCGUUCUCUCCAUGCAUAGAGCAGGUUCAGAGGACGUGCGAGGCUCUGGCAGAUAAGGGCUUCAAGGAGAUCAGCACCAUGGAGAUCCUGCUGAGAGUCCACGACGUCCGGACCGUCUCCCUGUCGCUGCCGGACUUCGGCCCGGACCCCUCCGCUCAGACUCAGCCUGACACCAGAGAGGACGCGCCUCCCACCUCUGGACCAAACCAUGCCUCCCUCACCCUGAAGACCACCACUCCUCCCAGAGAAAUACCGGGUCACACAGGUUACCUCACCUUCGCUACCAAACCAAGAACCUAAAGCUCAGAGCCCAGGCUGAUUUGUCCCUAACCUAGUUUAUAAUCCUUACUCUGUGCCUCGCUCUAGUGUAUUUCCCUUGCACAUUUAUAAGACUGAGAUAAUCCAUCGGGGGUACCAGGUUCCUCCAGGUCCCGGUUGGCACUGCAGCGCCAAGAGGAUUUAAAGUUUUGUGUUACACAAUUUUGUGCUCCUGGUUUGUUACUUGCAUCAGGCCAGAGUGAAAAUGAUGCCAACAGCCAUUUAAUUUGAGAGGAAUUUACUGGCCUCCCCUUUUAUAAAAAUUACUUUUAAUCCGUGCUUCCAUUCAUGUG